AACCUUCCUUUAAACUACAACAAAUUUUGUUAUCCUUUCCUAUCUCACCAAUAUAAAUAGCCAUGCACAUGCAAAGUCAAGAUACACAAUAAACAAGCUUCAUUCUCUAAAGUUUUGAUAACUCGAAAAAAAAAAACUUCAAACUUAGUGUUCAUUGUUCUUCUUUUAGCCAAAAUGGCUCAUGAAAAGCAAGUGAUAGAGGAAGUAUCCGGCUGGCUUACAGUUUUCGAAGACGGUUCAGUAGACCGGACUUUGACCGGUCCACCGGAAGACAAAUUCAUGGCCGAGGCAGUCCCACCGCAUGACGACUUCAUCGACGGCGUUGCCGUCAAAGAUGUAGUCGCCGACGAAAACUCCGGCAGCCGUCUUCGCAUCUACUUACCUGAACGAAACGACAAUUCCGUCAAUAAGCUUCCCGUCAUUCUUCACUUCCACGGCGGCGGCUUUUGUAUCAGCCAAGCCGAUUGGUUCAUGUACUACACUGUCUACACGCGCCUAGCGCGAGUGGCCAACGCAAUCAUCAUCUCCGUCUUCCUCCCCCUCGCGCCGGAGCACCGCCUCCCUGCCGCCUGCGAUGCCGGUUUCGCCGCCCUCCUCUGGCUCCGGGAACUCUCCCGGCAGCAAGGACACGAGCCCUGGCUC